UUGUCUUUGCAGCACUUGCUCUUGGCUCCCUCUGAUGUGGCCGGCUGGGGCACUUUCAUCAAAGAACCUGUCCAGAAAAACGAGUUUAUAUCCGAGUACUGUGGAGAGCUCAUCUCCCAGGACGAGGCAGACCGGCGUGGGCGGAUCUAUGACAAAUACAUGUCCAGUUUCCUUUUCAACCUGAACAAUGACUUUGUUGUUGAUGCCACUCGCAAAGGCAACAAAAUCCGCUUUGCCAACCAUUCGGUCAACCCUAACUGUUACGCAAAAGUGGUGAUGGUGAAUGGGGAUCACCGGAUAGGGAUCUUUGCCAAACGAGCGAUAUUGCAAGGAGAGGAGCUCUUCUUUGACUACAGAUAUAGUCAAGCAGAUGCCCUUAAAUACGUUGGGAUUGAACGAGAGGUAGAGAUGACUUAGCCUGCUGUCUCUGUCCAUAACUUUUCAUCUGCCCAUCCCACCGUCGCCCCUGCAGUGUCACACAUGGCCAGCAGGGGUCUGCGCCCUAACCAGACCCCCCCACCCUCCCCUCUCACUGCUGCAUUUCCAAAAAUAGCCCACAUCCCUCCCUGGUGUAUUGCAGGUGCCUGUUCAUUGGAGCUCUCCAUUUUGUGACAACCCAAGCUACAGUACUGUAAGCAAGCUUAUCCAACAUUGUAAGCUAAAAAAAUACUAUCUAUCUGUAUGGUUCUAAUGCACUAAAGAAUAUACAAUGUUAUUUUUAUCUGUUGAAAAAAGAAGACAUUUUAGACUGGCUUUGGUUUUUUUUGUCAGUGCAAGUAAUAAUACAGCAAUGCAUGUGCUCUCUUCUCCCAUAGUUACUAAGGCUUUUCUCCGGCGCUCUGUAGUCGUUAAUGUGAUGUUAACUUAAAGUGGAACGCAACAAACUCCAUUUCUUUUGCAGCAGCGCCAACACUGUCUACAGUAUAUGCUAAAAUAAGCUAACGUGCAUCUAUAUAUCUUCAAAAAAGGCAAACAAGAACCGACUGACUGAAUGUAACCAUAGAGGAUGGAGAAAACAAGAGGUGAGAAUCUGAAGACUUAAAGUGGCAUUAUACAUAAACAACGUCUCCCGCUUAGAAAAUGCAGAAAUUGUACGUUUUGAUUUAAUUUUGAGCCAGAUGCCCUUCCUUACAUGACAAGUACACUUUUGUAUCCCAACUAAACUAUGACCAUUUCAAAAAGAAGAAUGUGGUGAACUGAUAAUGACUUUACUUCCUGGCAGUCCUAAAAUUGCCCUGCUAUUAAAAAGCCCAAUGAUAUAAUGACUGGAAGCUCUUUUACAGCUAUUGAUUAUUUUUAAAAAUCAAUGCUGAAUAGCUUCAGCAAUUUUUAGAUGUAUUUUAUAAUUUAUUUAUUUUACUUUUGGAUGAUAGUUAUCCAGGCAUAUACAUGAAAAAAUAUAUUAAACUAGUGUGACUAGCAAAAAAAAAAAAAUGCAUUUCUUCAUUUGUAAUGUUUUACUGUGAUCUCACAUUGAACUCUAUAGCACUUACUGCAAUUGCACUUAGCCCAAUUUUGCACUGACUGAAUCCUGUCUGUAAUAUAUUGUUUGUAAAAGAGAAAUUUGAUAUUGUAUUAUGUCACUUUAAGCCUUUAGAUUCUGCCUCUCCUGGUCAAUGAUCUCAUUCCUGUUUUGAUUUCAAAAGUUAACCUAUUGUAUUGGUACAUUGUAUCUAGCACUUAAAAUGUUUACAUUAUGUUAGGCCUUAGAGGCAUGUAACAAAUGAAUUAACCUGUUGUCUUCCUAUGAAAUUAAAAUGAAGUGCCAAAAUUCAUCCACAGAAAAACAGCUGUUACUUGUGGAUAUGUUUCAUCAUUGACAGAUUUAAGAGGUUUUAACAGAAUAUCAAAUCAAAUCUAUCUGUUUCUGACCAAAAAUAAUUCCCCCUAUGUGAAUGUAACAUACCAUAAAAAUAUUGUUACUGAAGUCAUUUUUUAUUUAAAACACGCAUUGAACUGAGAUCUUUAAAUGGACAUGAUCAAAUGGAGUUUACUGUUAUAUACAGCGUAUGCCUACAAAAUAAAAGUCUAACUUUAUACAUUAAA